AUGUUUCAAGCAGAGUUGCUAGUCUUCUCUGUAUUUCUUGCUCUCGGUCAUCUGGUCUUGGCCAUCCCGUAUCCGGUGCAAAAUAUUCGCCCAGGUCAUGGCGCAGUCACAUCUUUCCGGGAGCCGCUAUUCCCGCCGUACCGCCAGCCGCCGAAGCCCACAACACUGCCGCCCUCAAUGGUCAAGCUCCCCGCUGACCACGGCAGCGCGCAGAAACCUUUCAACAACCAGCUAGGCCGCAUCUCGCUCCCGAUCAAAGCGCGGCCCUCACCAGCACCGCAGCGCCCCGCGCUUCCAGUAGCAGCAGCACCACCACCAGCGGCAGCGGUAGCAGGCGUAGCAAGGCCAGCCAAAGCCGCCGCGGGCCGCCCCAGCACCAGCAGCAAAGCCACCACAGUAGCCUACCAUGGGCAAACGGGCACCUCAUGGCAAUACUCGCAAGACACAACGCUCGACACGCUCUGCCGCAACCCAGAGAUCUCGACCGUGAUCCUCGGCUACGUGCGCAACUUCAGCAGCACGCACGGCUUCCCCGUCGUCGACUUCGGGACCAGCUGUCUCGGGCGCCGCGGCAUCAGCGACCCGGUCGCCCCCGACCUGGCGACGUGUCCGGCGCUGGCGCAGGAAGUGCGCGCGUGCCAGCGCAUGGGGAAGAAGGUGUUUGUGAGCGUGGGCGGCCCGAACAGCUUCCUGGAUUUUGCGGAUGAGGCGGACGCGAGACGCGCCGCUGUGUUGCUGUGGGACCUGUUUGGCCACGGUGACGUGUUUAACGUGUACAUGAGGCCUUUAGGCAGCGUCGUCAUUGACGGGUUUGACUUUGCCUGGACGACAAGCACAGCGCGCUCGACGGGCGCCUUCGUGAGCACGCUGCGCGGCCUCGCCAACAUGCCGCAGAACAGCAAGCGCGUGCUGCUGUCGACGACGCCGGACUGCGAGCGGCCCGCCUUCCAUGCCGGGCCGCAUCUGCGCCGCGCGGUCGAUCUCGAGCUCGAGCUUGUGCCUGUCGCUGAUGUCUGCGCUGCGGAUCGCGCGCAGCCGUCGCGCUUGUGCGCUGGUGCUGUGUUGGGCUGUCGCGGGCCUGUGAGGCGGUUGGUGCAAAGAUAA